AUGCGUUAUAAGCCCAUCACUGCCAACCCCCAUGUCGUAGUGGGAAAUCUUCGGGAGAAAACUCCCCUGCCAGCCAGUAGCGGCGACAAACUUGGUCAGUCCAACCUCCCAAAGUUGCCUGCUCCACAUUUUCGACAGGAGUUCCUCCAAAAAUUCCUCGUAGACACUGGUGCUGAUAUUGGUCAGAUUCUGUCCUCUUUGACUGACCGUAAGUCACCGAACUCUUCACUUUUUCUCCAGACAGCUAGUAGUCCCCCCAGUAAAACACUUUGUUAACUAUUUCUAACUUUAGACCUUGGGUUACGACGUUCUUUCCGCAGGAUAUUUACUAUUGCUGAUGUUCAUACCGCUAUUUUCGCCACCAAUUUUAUAUCCUUCUUCGGUCUCCUCGUUGAUAUCAGGUCCCAUAAACUUCUCGGCCCGAUGACAUCCUUGUAUUCUAAUUGCUCAAUUCGUAUCAUUUCAUCCCCUGGCCCAUGCAUUUUAACAAUUCGUUUGCCCACUCCUUAUCAUCGUUUGCUUUCGGAAUUUCGAACUGUUACCCGGCCUUUACAGUUUGACCAGGCUAUUAAAAAUCCCGUCAUGCAUUAUAUUUCGACUACGGCACCACCUGAGUUUAGCCGUCCUCGUCGUUUAGCGGCUGACAAGUUAACUAUCGCCAAGGCUGAAAUCAGCCUUAUGAUGCAGCUUGGCAUAGUUUGACCCUCGACUAGUCCAUGGGCCGCCCCUCUGCAUAUGGUUUACAAAAAGUCUGUCACAGACUGGUGUCCAUGUGGUGAUUGUCGACGAUUAAACAACUUCACUGUCCCUGACAGAUAUCUGCUUCUCCAUCUCCAUGACGUUUUCUCUAGCCUGGCCGGGGCAACGAUAUUUUUAAGCACUGACCUAUUAAAAGCCUUCUAUCCAAUCCCCGUUGCUCCAGAAGACAUCCCAAAAACGGCGAUUACGACCCCAUUCGGUUUUUUCGAAUUCGUCAGGAUGCCUUUUGGACUCCGUAACUACACCCAGAAUGUUCAACGUUUCAUUAACAAGGUCAUCUGUGACUUACCUUUCCAUUUUGUUUAUGUCGCUGAGCUUAUGGUUGCAAGUUCCAAAGAACAUCAGCAGCUACAACAUAUGUCUCAUUCUUGAGAGGCUGAGCCCAUUUGGCGUUUUCGUCAACUCUAAAUGCAUUUUUAGCCUUCUCUCGCUCAUGUCCCCAGGACACCUGGAAGGUGUUUUAUGUUGACACCCCAUAAACGCUAAAGUUUGAACUAUUCGCGAAUUCCUCGCUCCCACUUCUUUCGGGCAACUGUGUCGUUUCAUAGGUCUUGCCAAAUUUUACCGACACUUCACCCCACACUGCGCUCAAUUAAUGUUACUGUCGAAAGCGGUGUGGUCGGCAGACAAAGAUUCCCAAAUCAGAAGUCAGGAAAGACGGAUUGGAUUGAACAACCCUUACUGCUGAGCAAGUGCUUGCAUAAAGGCUCUGCAAGCAGUCGCCGCGAGCGGUCUCUCCAGGCAAAUCGUGCUGCGUCCUCCGUCGACGUGCUCAGACCCGGCGCGUGUGCGCCCUUCGAUGUCUCAGAGUCCGCCAACCAAUCAGAAGAGGGGCAACGUUGAUUGGCUUCGAGCACUCGCAAGGCUAGUAACAAGCCUCGCGCGUCCCAGCAGCGGAUUGACGGAGCGAGCCGGACAGGAGGACAGCUGUAACAGCCGGAGAUGUGACUAGGAACCCGCCCUUGGUUACUUUAAUGUACACCCACGCUAGACAGCAUUCUUCUUCCGUUUCUCUUACAGGGACUGCGCCUCCGAGGUCGCGUGCGGACAAAUAACCCCCAACUCCUAAAAGCUCGUUAUAGCAUUUUUGAUAUUCGCCAUUAAGAAUUUUUGUAACUUCGAUAAAGACAGAGGGCUUUGUGUUUACACUGACAACAAACCUCUUACUUAUGCCUUUUCCAUUCCCUCUGACAAGUAUUCGUCCCGUGAAGCUCGCCAUCUUGAUUUUAUCUCUCAGUAUACCAUACAUAUUCGAUUUCUUAAAGGACCCGCUAAUCGGAUCGCUGGGUGUCUAUUCCGACCUGGAAUCAAUGCCAUUACUCGCCUUCCCAUCGAUCCGGAGCGCAUGGCCGAGCUGCAGCAGCAGCCGGAUUUUUCUGAAGAACCAGAACAUACCAGCCUUCAGCAUAAAGCCAUCCCUCUGUUCGCCACCUCCAAUACAAUCUUGUGCGAUGUGUCUCGCGAGUUCUCUCGUCCUAUAGUACCAAGCGAGAUCCGACGAGAUGUUUUCACAGCGUUACACACUCUUGCCCACCCUGGCAUCCAGGCUACUCAGCGCCUCGUCGGCGGCCGGUUCGUCUGGCCUAGUAUGAACACUGAUAUCCGCCUGUGGACUCGCCAGUGUUUGGUCUGUCAGAAAGCCAGAAUCGGACGUCGCAAGAAAGACCCAACUGGGACCUUUCUUGCGCCCGAUACACGUUUAGUGCAUUUGCACGUAGAUCUCAUGGGUCCCUUGCCAACAUCCCGUGGUUGCAACUAUUUUCUAACUGUUAUUGACCAAUUUACGCGAUGGCCCAUCGCAACUCCAAUUCCAAACGUCGCUGCAGAUACUGACGCUCGUGCCUUUUUGAAACACUGGAUUUCCUAUAAUGGUGUCCCCAUUACUAUUACCACCGACCGUGGCCAGUAAUUUGAAUCUAAACUUCUUAAGGCCCUUACAGACCUCUUCGGGUGCUCUCGCGUACGCAAGGCAGCUUACCAUCCCUCAUUCAAUGGUCUAGUUGGGCGUUUCCACCGUGGACUCAAGACCUCGCUCCGGGACUAUGAUAACCUCACUCAUUGGAAUGAGCAUUUCCCUUCGGUCAUGCUCGGUAUCCGCACCUCGCUAAAACCUGACUUGGAGUGCUCCACUGCCGAACUUGUUUACGGGACUGCCCUACGGAUUCCUGGCGACUUUUUCGGCCCAUCCCAGACCUUUUCUGAUCUGGAUGCAACCGAUUAUGUCCAACGGUUGGGCCAAGCAAUAGUUAAUCUCUGGGCCAUACCCCCACGCGCUCCAGUAAGUAAGUCAUAUAUUGGCCCUACCUUGCUAACAUGUUCUUUUGUGUUUGUCCGCGUAGAUAGUGUUUAUAAGUCACCACAACGACCGUACGACGGACCAUUUCGAGUCCUGUCGCGCACGGAGAAGCGUUUCAAAAUCGUUCGUGGCGAUCACACCGAAGUGGUAUUACCGAUCGGUUGGAGGUGGCCUAUACUGACCCUCCAUCGCCCACCCCAAAAGAUCAGCCUUCUUCACCUGCCAAAAUGCCUUCUUCGAUCUCCCCGCCUCCGCUUCCACCAUAUAACUCUGUUCAUUCUCCUCUCCUCCCAAUUCCACCCCACUACGCGCAGCAGUCGUCGUGUCCGUUUCCCUGAUCGUUACCAACUUGUACAUCAUGCCUGA